AUGGGAAAGAAAAUCACCCUCAAAGUCGGUGGAAAACGGGAAGUGAUAAAAAAGGAAGAAGCUCAACAAGUUCUCGAACGAUUCCAAAAGGAGAGUGAAGGAGAUGUCGUUGUCGCCGAGAUUGACUUGUCCUGUCGUCAAUGGACUGUCGAGGCCAUUGAUGUCUUGCGUCCCUUCUUGGAAAAGUUGGCUCCGAAUGUCGUUGUCUUGAAUUUAAAUGACAUUAUUGCCGGGUUACAGACCGAUUUGGGGCUGGAAAUCAUGGAGCUCAUGGCCCAGAUCUUUGUCAUGGCCAAAAAUGUUGAGGAGAUUCAGCUUUCCGACAAUGCCAUGGGCCCCAGAGCUUUGAAACGAAUCGCUCCCUUGUUAGGAGUGGCCAAAUUGCAGCGGCUCGAGUUUAAUAACUGUGGAUUGAGUGCCGAAACCAUUCCUCAACUAGAUGAAGCUCUCAAAGAGAAUGCUACUGGACCGGGAGUGGCACGGCUCACUCACCUCGACUUGGACCGAAAUAUGAUUGGCGUGGAAGGAGCCAGACAAACGGGGGAGCUACUCAAGGAUUGCGUCAAAAUGAAGCGCUUCGCAUACCGUGGAUGCCGUCCAACCUAUAAUGGAUCCAAGUUUCUGGCCAAGGCCAUUCAACAAAUGACACAAAAUACCGACGUCUUGGAGGAAUUGCACAUUCGGGACUGUGAUCUCAUACGAAAUGAAGAUGAAAUGGUCGCAUUGACAGAUUUGGCAGACGCCAUUACAAGAUGCCCCAACUUGAAGGUACUCAACACGAGUGAUUGUGGUGACUUUGGCGAAACGGGGGCUGGAGCGCUGGCUACGGCUAUCAUCGAGUCCAAAUGCAAGCUAGAGUCCCUCGAUCUGAGUGGGUGCAUUGUGACACCUGAAGGCGGAGAAGCCAUGCAGGAAAUGCUGCAACAACAGGCUGCCUCCUUGAAAGAACUCAAGCUAGAAACCAACGAGCUAGGAAGUGAUGGAGUGGAAUGCAUCUUAAAAUGCUUUGCCGAUAUCGACAAUCCCCCGUUGCAACAUUUGCGGCUGGAUGAAAACGAGCUCGAUGAGGCCGCUAUUACGGCAUUGCUCGAUGCCACCUUUCCCAAUCUGCGACGAUUGACUCUCAAGGAUAAUAUGGACUUGGACGAAUUGGACGACGACAAAAAGGCAGAGUUGCGAGCUCACUUUUCGAAAGCCAGGAUCUACUUUGAUGAAGAGGUGGACGGAAAAGAAGAGGAUCACGAAGAUGCACCCGAUGCUGCAGUGGACGCCCUUACGGCGCAAAUGGCAAACGCAGGAAUCUAG